AUGAAUGACAUUGAUAGCUUGUUUCAAGAACAGCAGGACUUGGAGGACGAGAUUGACUUGAAAUUCAUGUUGAUCCAAAUAGGCAUCACUUUGGGAUUUAUUAUUACUGCUAUCUCCUUUUUUAGCUGUCUAAGACCGAGAUUUCCUAUUAUUUAUUCACCUAAAACAGCACUCUCAAAGACCGAUAAUCGACGACCUAUGCCACUGGGCGCUGGCUGGUUCGAUUGGAUCAAGCCUGUCAUUAAAAUCAAAGACAAUACAUUAUUAGAAACCAUUGGGUUUGAUGGAUUUGUGUUUAUUUAUUUUACAAGAACACUUCGGCGUUUAGUGAUUGUCAUCACUGGUUUUUCGAUGACUGUCUUUCUUCCUAUCAAUAUCAUCGCUGCUUACAACACAGAUUUUGGUCAUUGGCCACCUAAUCCAGGACUCAAUUUCAUGUCUAUUUCAGCCAUGAAUUAUGAAUACGGCAAAAAAAGUCAUUUAGCCAAUUUACAUUGGUAUUGGUCACCUACCAUAGCCACUUGUAUAUUUACGGGUAUUGUGCUGAUUGAAAUGAUUCGAUCUUCAGAAACUUUGAUUCAAUGUCGAAAUAGAUAUAUAGCACGAUGUCAAAAAACACCUUUAGACCCAGAUCAGGAGCUUAUGUCAAGAACAUUGCUUGUUCAAUGCGACACUCUUAUCUCAUCACAGAUAAAUACAAAGAAACAACAGCACUUAAUUGUGCCUCAUGCAGCUAUGAAACAAUGCGUGGAUAGCAUUGCACCUUGUCAACAUGCUUUGGUCGGAAAAUACAACCCUAAACUAUACGAUCUUAUUAAAGAAUACAACCAUAUUGCUCAAUCUCUGGAAAAGAACCUCUAUGACUAUCUCACUCAAUUAAGCCAAGAUUCACAUGCGAAAAGACCCGUUGUGCGUCUUAAUUGGAAGUUGACAGCAGAUGCAAUUGAUCAUUAUACAGAAAAAGCCGUUGCUUUAGACGCACUCAUCAAGCGAAACAGAAUGCGAUUGCAAAACUGUCAUUAUGGCUGGGCCAUUUAUCCUACUCGAUCUGCUGCUUAUUCAGCCUAUCGCUCACUACAAAAACAUAAUUCUAUACGUGUUCAAUUUGUACCUCAACCACAAGAUAUUAUCUGGUCAAAUAUGAACAUUGAUCCUCAUCAACGACAACUCAAACGUUGGUUUGGACAUGGCUUGUUUUCCUCGAUUGUGUCUAUCUGGGCUAUUCCUAUUGCAGCACUGGCUGUCUGUUCCAACUUGAUCAAUUUCAUUCGCUUGUUUCCUCAAUCCAAAAAGAAGAUUGAUGAUUGUCAAUUAGCUAUGGGUCUCUUUCAAUCGUAUUUUACACCUUGUCUCAUGGUCGUAUUUCAUGUUGGUCUGCCUCGUAUCAUGAGCUAUAUUUCUCGACAACAAGCUUAUAAGACAGAGACGAUGGUAGAGCGUAAAACUCUCGGUAAACUCUAUUUGUUCUUUAUUGUGAACAAUAUGAUCAUUUUCACCUUGGUCAAUAUGAUGAUUGGUAUCGCAGGUCAGAUUGCUGCUUUGAUGGUCUUAGGUAGUUCUCAAAAAUACUCGGAUUAUUUAAUGCAGAUUGCCAAAAACAUGACAGAUGUAUCUACCUUUUGGAUUAACUAUGUCUGUAUACGAUCAGCAGGAGCCUUGUUUGAUUUGUUGCAAUUGCCUUCGUUGUAUGCGUUGCUCAAGAAGAGGAAACUAGAAUCACCACCCGUAUUUUGUUUUGCUAAAAACUAUAGUCUUGUCCUCUCGUUUUUUACGGCUACUUUGGCGUUUUCUGUGGCAUCACCUAUUGUACUUCCUUUUGGCUUGUUGUAUUUCUGUUUGGCCACUACCACUUUUAAAUACAAGAUGACAUACAUUUAUGUGACCAAGACAGAGACAGGAGGUUUGACUUGGCCUUUAUUGUAUCGUAUUGUGAUACUGUCCUUGCUUGUAUUUCAAAUCAUUAUGAUCUUGAUCCUUAGUUUAAUGGAAGGUAAAGAUCAACUCUAUGGGCUGAUUCCAUUGCCCUUUGUCACAUUGGUAGUGGGUGCUCUGUAUAUUUGUCGAUUAUAUCGUAAGAUGGAUAUCAAGACAUGGACUUGUGCUUCUCAGCCUAUUCAAGAUGAAGUGGCUCUGUUAAAUACUGUGUAUGCUGAUCCUAGUCUAUCUCAACCUCUUAUUAAACCUAGUAUACCAAAGCAUCUUGAACACCUUGUUCAACAAGUGUAUCGACAUCAUGCACAAUAUGACAAAAUCAUCAAGACAUUGUUUACUCCACCUCUUCCCAAAAGUACUGCCCAAAAAGAGCCACAAGAAGAGUCAGAAGAACUGAUUAUUAUACCCACAUCCCCUUCAUCCGAACAAGUGAAUGUUUUGUCUUCUGUUGAUCAUUAUCAUGAAAAGACAGAGAAAGCUAUACAACCCUAUCCUCAUGAACCAAGUACUAGUUAUCAUGAUCCUAACGUAUUCUAUACACCUAUUGAACCCUCUGCCCCCAUACUCGAACAUAUCGUUCCUCCUCCUACUUAUACAGAUGUAGUCAUUACACCUCGUAUCAAUCAAAUUCAAACCAUGCCUCAACAAAAGAGACGCCAUUCUGCAUAA